UGGGGGGGGGAGCAGGAUCGACAGCAGCAUUAUCACUGUGCCUCCUGACUCAAACACCCCCAAGAAAAACCUCGGCACCGUUUGCUCUCAUUGGCCCACUUUUCAGCCAAUCGUGGCUCAGGAAUGCAAGGUGCCUUUACAAUUCACCCAACCCAAAAAUAUAGGGGAGAGAGGGAGGAAGAGAGAAAGAGAGGGGAGAACGGAGAGAGAGAGAGAGAGGUGUUGCAGAGAUUCCUCCAGUGUGCCAGUGAGCGUCUCCUCAGCUGUGUGCUCCGCUGUUGCUCCUGCAGGAGUGAAUACUCCAAGAGGGGAGGAUAAAUCACAGGGACCCCUGCAGUAGACUGACUACACGCUGAGUUGCAGCCUCUGCUGCUGCUGCUGCUGCUGCUGAACUCCUACUCCUCUUCUGCAGCUGGCCAACGCAGAGGUGCAUGUGGAGGGUCUGAAGGGCAUGAGGGGAAACGGGGCAGGUGGAGAGGAACCUCGUACAGGGAUGCAACGUGAAGAAGGUGGUGGUGUUGGAUGUAUCUCCCACGUUUGCACUGAAUUCUGAGGUGGCCGCUUAAGGUUUGAGUCACCUCAGCAGUUGUUGAUCGAGGAGUCCAGGAGGGAGGCAGCGCUGGGAGAAGUUGACAGUGGAAGGAUUCAGAAUGAUCCUGGGAAGUGUAAACCGACCAGGCCCGGUCCCUGCCUUCCUCAGGAGUCCGCCUGUCAUCCCACCCCCGCUGGACAUGAAACCCUUCCUCCAGUUCCCGCUGGAAUCUCCUCAUCCAGCCAGCAUCGGCCUCUUCCACAAUUUUACCACAAUGGACCCUGUCCAGAAGGCCGUGAUGACACACACCUUUGGGCCACCCGUGGUGAAGACAAAACGGCCGAUCAUCACCUGCAAUGUCUGCCAAAUACGUUUUAACUCAGAGAGCCAAGCAGAAGCUCACUACAAGGGGAAUCGUCAUGCUCGAAAAGUGAAAGGCAUCGAAACGUCCAAAACACCUCGUCUCCAAGAUGGGGACAAACAGCUCCCCCCUCCUUCUGCUUCCCCCUCUCCAUCAGGACCCUCACCACCCAGUCCUGAACCUGAUCCCAACAAGCAAGAUGUGGCCCAAUCUUGUCCUAUCUCUACUGAAACACAUUUGACCACCAGCCGUCUCCCUACACCCUCACUGAGUUCAACAGACACAGAGAGUACCCUCUUGUCUUCUGCAUCCUCUCCGUCCCCUAACCCACCCCUUGGUGCACCCCCUGGAGACCCAACAGUGUCUGGUCUUCCAGACACCCUGUCCCCAGUGUCCAGUCCAUCAUCAGGGGAGACAGAAGAGGAAAAAGCCAAGAAGCUUCUUUACUGCUCCCUCUGCAAAGUUGCAGUUAAUUCCCUUUCACAACUUGAGGCACACAACAAAGGUACCAAGCACAAAACCAUUCUGGAGGCAAGGAGUGGCCUGGGGCCUAUAAAAGCUUACCCUCGCCUGGGUCUUAAACCUAGCCCCGACCAGGGAGGGGAGCUGUCCUCUGACCCCAACACUCAGGAACGCACCUUCCACUGUGAGAUCUGCAACGUCAGAGUCAAUUCUGAGCUGCAGCUCAAACAGCAUAUAUCCAGCCGCAGACAUCGUGAUGGAGUUGCAGGAAAACCCAAUCCGCUUCUGAGUCGACACAAGAAACGCACAGAGUUUGUGGAACUUCCAAAGUCUCUGGGAGCUGGACUUUUACCAAAUCCCUUGGCUGUUGCUGCUGUGAUGGCAGCUGCAGCUUCCUCCAAUCAACUGGCGUUACGUCCUCCAGGCCCGACUCCCCAUCCUCACCACCAUCAUCACCAUCAUCAUCUCCUACAGGGAACAGCCCUCAAUCUGCUGAGGCCUGCCCCGGGGCCCAUCCGCACCACACACGGGCCAAUCCUUUUUACUCCUUACUGAUGACAAAACAGGACAAAGCACACUGUGA